AAACCUGUUCUUGUGUUGAAUUAGAGAAAAGCAUCUUUAGGCUGGAAUGUUUUUUGUUUUUACGUAUACACCAUGAGGGCUUUGAGGAUAAAUUUCUGCACGCGACGAAAGCAAGUGCUUCUUUUGCUUUGUUGUUUAGUUUUUUUAUAUGGAUACAAGUUGCAUGUAGAAAACGAGGUUCAGUUUAAUUUUAUUCAUAUCAAUACAAACGAGAAAUGUGAAAUUCCAAAAGUAAAUCCUUUCGAUGAAUCGAUAUUGCCGUUCUUUUGGAAACCAGAUCCUAUUGUUUGUCCCGAAAACACUGAAUUAGUUUAUAUUGAUGACGAUGAGAUGAUACACAUAAACAAAAAUCGAACAAAAGGAAAACAUAUUGAAUGCUAUUAUCAAAGUGUGAUUCGAAAACAACAAAGCGAUGACGACAUUUUGUUUGGUACUUCAGUAUGGUUCAAUGUGUCACGUAGCGCUAUGAUGGAAUCUGAUUUUGCAAAGGUAGUAUGUGUCUUUGAAGGAAAAAAUAUCUAUGAACGAUUACAUUACCAUAUAAAGAAAAAACAAAAAUAUGUUGAGUCAGAUAAUGAUAGCUUUAGUGUUCUGAUAUUUGGAGUAGAUAGUAUGUCAAGACUUGCUGCUAUUCGCGAACUUCCGAAAACACUAAAAUAUCUUGAAAAAACUCUUGGCGCUUAUGUUUUUAAUGGCUAUACAAAAGUAGGCGGUAAUUCAUAUCCUAACCUUAUGGCACUGUUAACAGGAAAUUUUAGUGUACCAUUCAACAAGAAAAAGUUUUUUGACAAUCAACCGUUUGUUUGGAAGAAAUUUUCAGAAAGAGGUGCAGCAACGAUGUAUUCUGAGGAUUAUCCUAGGCUUUCAACGUUUAAUUAUCUAACUCGUGGAUUUAAUGAAUCACCAGGGGAUCAUUACCUACGACCAUUUUAUCUUGGGAUAAACUCCGAGAAAAAAUACCAGGCAAAAAUCACUAAGAUAUUUAUGACUUUAGAAGAUAAGGAUAUUACUCUAGGAGGUACAUCCGCUCUUUGUUAUGGCGAUAAUCCGAAGCACGUCAUUCAAAUAGAUUAUUUUAAACGUUUUUUGAAUAAGUACAAGAACAACAGGAAGUUUGCAAUGUCCUGGUUGAACGAGAUAGGACAUGAUUUUGUGAACUUUCUGAAGUUAGGAGAUGCUGAUUUUUAUAAUUUUCUAGUCUUUUUGAAAGAAGGUGGCCACUUGAAAAGGUCAAUUUUGUUUUUUAUGAGUGACCAUGGAACAAUGAUAGAUAAGAUAAGGAAUACACCGAUUGGUCGUAUAGAAGCAAAACUUCCUUUCUUUUCAAUAGUUCUGCCUACAAUUUUGAGGCAAAAAUAUCCUCAUUUAGAUCAAAACUUACAAACUAAUAUCAAUCGUCUGACGUCUCCAUUGGAUCUCCAUAAAACCUUAAUUGAUAUAGCUACCAAUAGGUACAACCAUCACCCAAAGGAUACCGAAGCUAUUCAAAAUCGAGGAAUUAGUUUAUUCAAUGAAAUUCCGAAAGACAGGACUUGUGCCGAUGCACAUAUUCCUGAAUCAAGCUGUGCCUGCUAUACAUCGGAAGCUAUUCCUACAAAUAAUGCCGUUAUUGAAAAGAUUACUAGUUCCGUUGUAGUAACCAUUAACACCUAUUUACAAACUCAUCGAUCAAAAUGUGCUUUACUUACCUUGAAAAAGAUUCAUGAAGCCAAAUUAAUUCAUUCUAAUCUAAAACACUCAAAACCAGGAAGGAAGAAAGCUAUAUGGCAAUAUUUGUACAAACCCAAGUUAGACAAGAAGCAACGCUAUUUUAUUUUAUUUGAAGUGAUGCCAAGCGAGGGAAUAUUUGAAGUCACUACAGAGAUCACUCAAACGAACAACUUUAUUAUCUUAGAUAAAAUAAUCCGAUCAAAUAGAUACGGGAAUCAGUCUGCUUGUAUUGAUGAUAGGGAUUUAAAACCAUAUUGUUAUUGUAAAUAAUAACUUUAGUGGUACAGUCCUAACGUUUAUAAACAAAACUUACGGAGUGUCUAAAAAGAAUGUCAAUUAAUGAUUUUUUUUAAGUGUGUAUCCUCUCGGUCUCAAUGACAAAAUAUUAGGACAGGGGAACAUAACUAAAACUUCUAUCGAUGUCAUUAAUAUUGUCGAUAAAUGACUUAGAAAUAAUAGGUCUCAUGGUAAAAGGAAAAACCGUAAUCAACGUAUUAAACAUCGUAUAAAUUAUACACUUGCUGAUCUGUUAUCUAUAAUAAUAAAUAAUGGCAGACAUCAAGUAUUAUGCAAACUGGGUCAGAUACCAAUAAGUAAAUAAUAUGCUAGUUUUCUGGAGUGUGAUAAAAUUUCUUUUUUUAGCCCGUUGUAUGAAUACACCCGUAUUAUUACAACUUUUGUCAUCACAUGCGGUUUCCUAGUAUCGAUGAAAAUCAUAAACGUCAUUUUCUUAAAUUAGAAUAUAUAAAUAGAGGUAUUGAUUUUAUCAACUUAUCUAGUAUAUUCCAUGACUUUACCAUCCAAAGCUAAAUACCUCCAUAUUUUGAUAAUAUAGAACCACCUAUUAUUUCGUAUUCUUAUUAAAAAAAACAUCAACAUAGAAAAUAAUGUUCCUUCCACUUGAGACUGUGAAACAUCUAGUUUUAGAUAUGUUUUCUAUGGUCAUGUCAUUACAGGAGACCUCAACAUCGUCGAAGACCGUGAGGUCAAAACUUUUCUUAAGAAAGAACCGAAAUAUCGUCCACCAUCUAUUAUAGAUUGGAAACAGUGUCGUCAGGUCAUUAAAGACGCUCUGUCUGCCUACUGUAAAAGUUAGUGGAAACGUGAACAAUCUGAUAAAAAAUCUCUAGACAGUUAUUUGAAUAAAAUUAUGAAUACUGUUAGUAUUUGUAUAUCUCAUUUUGAAAACAAUUCUGAAAUUAAUAAUAAGGUCCAUGAUAUUCCCAUUUCUAGAAUAAAAAAUAAACUCCCAAGUACUCGGAAAGCGGUUUGUAUUCGUACCGGCAGACAAAGCAGCCAAUAAUGUAGUGGUGGUGUGACGCAUAUACUACACGGAAGUUCUCCAAAACGAAAUUAUCAAUUCUUCUACAUUUAGGUCCGUACAAUCCACAGAGAGUCAAAUUGUAAACAAGCAAAUCACUGCCACUACCCAGUUUAAAGCCUCUUCCGAACAUUUGAAAGUCCCUACUAUGUACUGGUUACCUAAAUUGCACAAAAAAACAUUUAAAUUCCGUUUCAACUCCGCAUCUAGUAAGUGUUCUACUACUAAUCUAUCAGUGCUUCUAACUACCUCCCUUACUACUAUCAAAGAACUUGUUAUUAACUUUUGUAAUAAAGCUUAUGAAAAUAAUGGUAUUAAUUAUUUUUGGAGUGUUAAAAAUUCUUUAGAGGUUGUGGAUAAAAUACGUGCUUUUGAUGGUCCUUUUAAUUCUGUUGACAUUUAUGAUGUUUCUACUCUCUACACUACACUUCCACACAAUCUUAUCAAGAAAAAGUUUUCAUAUUUAAUUGAAUGGUCUUUUGAGAAAUCUCGUUGCAAAUUUAUUUGCUGUAACUCGUUUAAAGCCUUUUUCUGUAACGAAAAAGGAAAGUAUGCUAGAUACACUUACUGGAAAUGUGAAGAUAUGAUUGAAGCUUUAAAUUUUCUACUGGACAACAUAUAUGUGCGUUUCGGCGAUACAGUGUAUCGACAUGUAGUAGGUCCUUUUCUAGAUGUAGACAUUUCAAUUUCUAAAGGGAAACUCCAUACUAAAAUUUACGACAAAAGAGACGAUUUUUCAUUCCCUAUUGUUAAUUUUCCCUUUUUAGACGGCGCUGUUACUUUGGCUCCAUCAUACGGUGUUUAUAUUUCCCAACUCGUUUGUUAUGCCCGUGUGUGUAGUGAUGUCAUAAAUUUUAACGAACGUAAUCAAUGCAUCACUGGUAAAUUAUUAAGUCAGGGAUUUCUUUACCAUAAAUUGCUUAAAACUUUUACUAAAUUCUUUCAUAGAUACUAAGAUUUGAUUAGUAAAUUUCGCUGUACCUGUAGAAAACUUAUUAAAAACGGUAUUUCACAUCCUAAAUUCUACGGUAAUAUUGUACUAAAAGCGCGGAAAUCACUAUGUGAUCCGUGUAAACUCAUCGAACCUUUAAACAAACUUAUUAGUAAAGGUUAUCUUACCAAUGUUGUAAUUAGAUCUUUGAAUAUAGUUUACAUUGGCACUAAUGUCGAUUUUGUCAUCAGAAAAUUAAAACUUAACUAAAUAUGUAUUCUUUUCAAACGGGAUGUAUAAAGACACACCCACGUUCAUCUUUAUCUAUUAAGAGGUUAACUCCUAACUACCCUACUGCCUGUCGAUACAUUUAUUUUUGGCAUUGCACAAGUCAUGUCUUCUUUGACUGUCCAUGACGUUAAAAUACUAAAUCCCUGGGAUGUGGUUUAGUUGAUUUUAGUCUCUGAUGCCAUGACGUUAAAAUACUAAAUCCCUGGGAUGUGGUUUAGUUGAUUUUAGUCUCUGAUGCAUGAUUUUUUUUAUCAUUAAUUGUUUUUGGCUUCUAGCUAGCUGUCAGUAACUGAGAGUACUCUCAAAUCGUACAUUCUUGUUAAUUUGACUUGUUGAUACUAUUUGUAAUGCUUUUUUGUUAUUUUAUGUUUACUUAUUCAGGGUUAUAUCUGGUCUAUAUACCAGCUUUGAUAAGUGUUUGGUAUUACUAUAAAUUUUCACUUCUUAGAACUAUGAACAUCAAAAUUAUCUAUUUUGUAAAAAUAUUUCCUUUCCCCUUAUCAACUGUAUACCUAACAACAAAAUUAUUUUCAUUUACCUGUGUAUAAUAUUAUUGUAAAUGGCGGAUUUUUGUUUAAGGUUAUUGUUGUUUUUCUGAAAUUGUUUAACAUUUCACAGCGGUAUAAUACUGUUACUUUAAUUAUUCAUCCCUUAUUUUAUUGAUUUUGUAUUUACAUUGUAUCAUAGAUCAAAUUUAUUCCUUCAGUGUAUGUUCACUUGUGUUAAUAUGUCUUUUGAUUGAGUUAAGCCAUUUCAAUUGAAAUUUUAUAGUGUGUCUUUCUAUGUUGUGAUGUUACACUAUUGUUUCAGAUAAGGGUGAAGGUUUGGUACCAUUAAAACGUUUAAACUCGC